AUUUGAAGAAAAUAAGAAAAUAGAAGAGAAUAGAAUAGAAUAGAAAGAAAGAGAGGGAGAGGAGAGGACCAUUGACAGGGGGGGUGGGGUGCAACUACCACCAUGGCUUCCUUCUCCAUCUCUCUCCACUCAUAAUUAUUUAGAAAAGUUCAGGAAUUUUGUGAGAUUAUAAACUUCUGUGCCUUCUCAACUUGUUCCAUUUCGUUGUGUUGGGUGAUGUUGCUUUUGGAUUGUUGCUGAUGGGUGUGAAAUUUGGUCGGUUAAUUUUAGGGAUUUUGUUGGCGAAUUGGAUUCCGCGAAAUUGGGCAAAGGGUUUUGUGUGCUUCGGAAACACGGCGGAGGAUUUGGUUCGGUGAAAUACUGCUGCGGCGGAAUCUGACGGAUUUCUUCUUCCAUUCAAUGAAUCACGGCUGUGCAAAUUAGGUCGGUUUUUAGAUUGUUGUGAAUCGAUUGGAAAUCUGAAUUGCUGUAGUUGUGGGGAGCUUGUACGGACAAAGAAUUUUGGAUUGUUCUUAUAUACAUAUAUUUUGUAUUUCUAGUGGCGAAAUUCUUCAGGUCUGUGGUUUUCUAUCAAAAAUGGAUGCAGAUUGGGAGUUUUGAGUUAUUUGGUGAGAGAUUCUGUUAGCAUCUUUGGUUGUUUUUAGGUAUAUUGGAAUUGAGAUGGAGAUGGAAGAAGUUAAUGAAUUGGGGAUGGAAGGUGGGGGUGGGAGUGAAUUAGGAAGCCGAGGAUCCGGUAUCGGGGAUCGGGUCAAUGCCGAUGAGCUGCGGUGUUCUGAUGUCGAGAUGACGGACACGGAAGCGGCUGAGAUGGGAGUAUCUAGAGUGAACAAUAGUGAGCAGAAAGUUGGGACUGAGAUUGCACUUUUUAGCUCGGAGAAGGACGAUGGAGGGAGCCAUGGGAAUGUGGUUUUCUCGAGAGAAUCUCCACUUUUAGGGAAGGAAGAUCUGAGCAUAAGUGGUUGUAGCUGUGGUGCGGAGAAGCUCAAGGCUAGAUUGGCUGCUUCGAACUCAGAAACCGGAAAAAAUGGGAGGAAGUUGAGUCGGCAGGAGAGGAUUGAGUUAGGUCGUUCGUUUCAGGGUGCUGUGAGUUCGCACGAUUGGGAGCUUGCCGAGAGUUUGAUCUUGUUGGCUGAUCCUCAGACUUUGAAUGAUGCGCUGUGCAUCUCGUUGGAUUCGAUUUGGUUCUUGAGGACGCAACAAGAAUUAUAUGGGAUUACUGGAUUGAUCAAGAAGAUUGUAUCGAAUGGGGCGUAUGACUUCACUCGCGCCGCGCUCAGGACGUCAUUUCUUGCGUCGUGUGUUUCAGCUUGUCAGAGUCGGACAAUGAGCCUUGCUGACACAGUUAAUGUAAUGGCACAAAGCAGGUUGCACGAGAGGCUACAGGAAUGCAAUGGAGAUGAAGUCUUGAAGGCAGAGGCUGGCGCAAAGGUUCAGAAAUUUACCGAUUGGGCUCUCAAAUGUAUAAGUUUUCAUUCUCGAAGCCAUGGGAAUAAGGACAGAGUGGGUCACAAUUCUCCUGUCGAGAUCCAACUGCAGCUAUCUGCUUUCAAGACCUUUCUAGAUCUUGCGGGCAAUCAUCUGACAGGGAAAGACUUUACCGAAGCAUUUGAUGCUGCUUGCUUUCCGCUCACGCUUUUCUCUAGUUCAUUUGAUCCUAGUUGGGCGUCAGGCAUAUCAGCCACUGGAAUCCAAGGAUUGCUGGGCAUUCUGGUUGAGGGAGGUGCAGAUAAUAUCAAUCAAUGUUUUCUAGAGGCGUCACGGUUUGGGAGUACAGAACUAGUUCGCAUCUUGUUGCAGAUUGCUCAAAGGAACAGCUUGGACGUGGACGUCGACUUGGCCUUAGGCUUUGCUGCGCAUUAUGGUAAAAUCGGCACAAUGCAAUGUCUAGUGGACGAGGGUAAUGCCGUGGCUUUCUUGGGACCCCUAAUGAGAGCCGCCGAGCGAGGUUGCUUGCCAGUCGUACAGUGGUUUGUCCAAAGGGGAUGCCGAGAUAUGGAACUGUGUCUUGCCCUUACAGCCGCCACGUCGAGCAGUCAAGUAGAAGUCGCAGCGUAUCUCCUCCCCCGCGUUCCCCAACACGUUCUUGCCGCCCUCAGCAUCGAAAUUCUGAAGGCUGCUGGCGAGCGAAGCGGAGGAUCCCUUGACGGCGUAGCCUUCCUCCUCCGUUCCGACUUUCUAGGGGACCCUACGGCAACUUAUUCCGUCGCUGACAGCAUUGCCAGAUCCGAUGACGACACAGUCGCUCCCGAACUCCGGGCUUUUCUUCAAGAGCAUUGGUCCGAGGCAGCGUUCAUGGACGGGCUGACCCAAGGGGCGACGCAUUUUUCGAACCUGGUGCAGAUUUUGAAAUGGGGGAGCUCCCCGAUUUGCUUAAGGGAUCUCCCGGCCCCCCUUAGGGUCGCCGUCGCCUAUCUGCCACUGUACAGAGAGUGCGUCAAGGCCGGGGGGUGCUUGCUUUCGCAACGGCAUCGAGGGCAGCUCGUCGAUGCUGUGAAACGGCUCGGAGGAGGAAUUCUGACAGGGCCGGAUCGGAAGGAUGACCUGCUCGCUGUUUUGGAACACCAUCUUCCGUCGUUUCUUCGUCACGCUGCAGCUGCGGUUUAGUGAAGAUCUUGCCGAGUUAGCUCUUGCCGUCUGCUGAUUAUUACCGAAGAAGGAAGCUGGCUGUGUACUUGGAAACCAUAUAUGUCGUAUCUAUGAAAAGACCGUAUCGAAAUGAUUGACGAUUGCAGUCGAACAGGGAACUUUGCCCGAACCUGUAUGAGCUGUUUUCGAAUGUUAAUGAGGCUGUAAGGUUGAGAAAUGUCGCCGUGGUUUGUUGGUUUUGAAUUGAAACCGGAGUGGAAAUGGAUCUCCAUCCUAACCUCCGCUGGCGUCGAUUCAAUGCUUCUCUUAGAUGAAAAAUGAUUCUUCUUUGCGAUGGAAGAUUAUAUUCUCUAAACUUUCGUUGUUUAAUUGUGCGCUUACUCGAGCAUGUGUACCAAUACGUAACACACAUGAUUCGCUUAGUGUAAUUUUUUUU